AUGGAGCGGCGGCGGGACAUUAGGGCAGUAAUCGAGGCGCGUGUGCUGCAGAGUGUCGCGUCACCGCUCCACAGCGUAAUGCGGGAGGAGAGCACGCGUCAAGAAGCCGAAGUGUUGCGGAGCCGAGCAGCAGAAGGAGUAACGGGCAACAACGCUACACUGCGGGAAACGGCGCGCCACUACCUGUGUUUUCCAUGGCGCAACAUUGCCGAUGUGCGCGCGGACAUUGGGACACUUGCUGGUGGUGAUGCGGGUAUUGGUGGUAUGACGGUGACGCUUGUGGGUGGUACCGGUUUCUUUGCACGUGUUCUCGCGGAUCAGUGCCUCCGCCGCGGCAUCAGCGUAACGGUUCUCGCGCGGGACAUCGAUAAGGCGAAGGCUUCUUUUGUCACGCUGUACGAGCGCAGUGUUGCCGACGUUUCCGCUCUUGUGGCGGAGCGUGUCGAAGAUGUGCCUGGCGGCAGCGGUCGCUGCUCGCUGCGUUACACUGGCCGCGCAAAGGCAAAGGCGGCGGGGCAGCUGCAGUUGGAGAUCGUGCAGGGUGACGUGACGUGCGCAGAGGCGGUGCGGCACGCGGUGCGGCAGGCGUCACUCGUCGUGUACGUCGCGUCGGCGAAGGGCAGCAGCGGCAACUGGUGGCGACCGCCGUGGACGUGGGGCGCGAACCCCGGCUGCGGCAAGGUGGAUGUGGGCGGGAUGCGUCACACCAUUGACGCGUGCAGGUGCGUUGAUGCCCACCUCGUAGCGCUUGUGCCGCUUUUCAACAGAUCGGAGUGGAAUGCGCCGCUACAGUGGUACCGCAGGGUGUUUGUGUACCGCCAUGGAUAUCUGAAGGCGACGCGGCAGCAGGAGCGGCUGCUGCUGAACGACGACGGCUCCCCUUCAAUGCUGACUGCUCAGGACGGUUGUUCGCUGCGUUUCACGCUAUUCCGCGUGUGCGACAUCGUGUACCCAAGCUUCAAUGAGCGGUUGGCGAUCGCGAAAAACAACAACGUUGCCGACCCACUUCACCGCGUUCACCUUCGUCGCGGGAAUGUCGACGCGAAGCUGUUGGCAAACGUCGUCCUGCGUGCAGUGUCACUAUGCCGCUCAUCGAUUGGGAGCCGUCUAGAUGUCACCGGGCAAUUGCGGCACGGUGUGGACCUGGCGCACGUGGACACCCUCCUCCACGGACUGCGGCAUGAGUGA